AGCCUCCUGAAGUAUUUCCUCGUUCGACCAGGUUACUUCCUUAUCGAAGUCUUUCUAGACAUAUCCUGAGAAGCAAUCCAAGCAUGAAGGUGGAAGUAGAGUGGAAGAAGGUGGUGAAGCCGUCGGCGCCGACCCCGCAUCACCUGCGAAAACUGAAGUUGUCUUCAAUGGAUGAGCCUCUACCGCCACAUUAUACUGGCAUCAUCUUCUACUAUGCAGAUAAUGCUGAGAAUUCUGGAGUUGACAUCGUCCAGAGGCUUCACCGGAUGGAGGAGUCCCUUUCCCAAAUCCUAACAAUCUUUUAUCCUCUGGCAGGGAGAUAUAUCGAGGACGGUUGUUUCAUCGACUGUAACGACCAUGGAGUCGAGUUCGUGCAUGCCAAAGUGGAUGCCCGGAUUGAUCGGCUUCUCCAUGGGAAGCCCUAUCCGGAUUUGCUCGAUGGCCUGUCAAGAUUCCCGAGAGAACUAGCAGGCAAUCCCCUGGUCGUGAUUCAAGCGAAUGUGUUUGAGUGCGGCGGAUUAGUGAUUGGCCUACGCAUGACGCACAAGAUAGCCGACAUGUACUCCAUGGCCAUGUUCGUGAGUUCGUGGGCCACCGCGUGCCGGGGAAACACGCAUGAGAUAGUUCGCCCAAGUUUCGAGUUAUCGUCUAUAUUCCCAAUGAAGGAGUCAUCCUUCGCAACUGGAUCCGAACCUUGUGUCAGCGAUGAAUCGUCUAUAUCCCCAUCGAAGGAGUCAUCCGUCGCAACUGGGCCUGAACCUUCUAUUAGCGAUGAGAAAUUGGUCACGAAUAGGUUCAGGUUUGAUGGUAAGGUCAUAUCAAAAUUGAAAUCCCUAGCUGUGGCGGAUGCACCGGGGUCAACUGCUGAUAAUUCGCCGCCUUCAAGGCUAGAGGUUGUUUCGGCACUAAUAAGCACGGCUCUCGUCGAUAUUGAUCACAGCAAACAUGGCAAGCUUCGGCCUUUCGUGAUUUCCAUGACGAUGAACUUGCGCGAGAAGAUUGGUCUCGCAGUACCUGCUAAUUCCUUUGGCAACUUCGCUACCGUGCUUUACGCACAAUUCGGUAGAGCUAUGGCCGAUGGAAGCAAGCUGGUGUUCAAAGAAGCGGUGAGUGUGAUAAACGAAAUGUUACGCAAGUCCAGAGCAAGAUAUGCAAGAGUAGAAGAAGGAGAGGAGCUCUCUACGAUGGUGAAGGAUUCUCUAACGGAAUUCAUGGAACAUGCGACCUCAAGUGAAAAGCAUUUUAUCGCUUUCAGCAGCUGGUGCCGGUUCCCGCUAUAUGAGAUCGACUUCGGGUGGGGACGGCCGACACUAGUCGGCCUCCCGCCGGUGAGUUUCAGAUCAGUUUUUCUAAUGGACGCUGAAGACAACGAAGGAAUCGAUGCUUGGGUGACCCUCAAGGAAGACGAGAUGAUUCCUUUCAAACGUGAGGCGGAGAUCCAGGCAUCCACAUCCUAGUGGGAGAUAGACGUUGACUAAAAUAUUAUAUUAUUUGCAUACACCGCCAGUGUAAACGAGAUUUUACACAAAUGGCUCGCUAGUUAUAUAUACGUUAAGUGUUUGGUUUCUUGAUGAAAAAUAUUUAUUAUUUACAUUAGUUUAU